AUGCAAGAUAAACGUAGUAUUCGAGCAAGAUAUAAGGAUAUUUCUAGAAUAAUAUUUUUUAAUGAUUAUUGUCAAUCUUCUAAUGAUAAUGAAGAAUCAUUACCACAAUUUCCACCAUCAUAUUGUAGUGAGAGUCUUAGAAGUAUAAAUAGUACAAUUACAAUGGAUAGUACAAUUAGUAAAUGUGAUAGUCAAGUAAUGAUUAAUGGUUCAAUGGCAAAAGUAAAGAAAAAAACUUUAUUUCAAAAAUUAUCGUUUACUUUUUCUCGUUCUUCAUCAACUACCAGUGAUAAAAUUAUUGAAAAUAAUAGACAAAAAAAAGAAGAAGAUGUUUGA